UGUAUUCCAGUCAGCUGCCAUUUUCUUUCUCAGCUGUCAAAUGUCAUGUGAAACGUCAAAAAAUAGAAACAAGUUUUCGUAUCAUUUUCUCGCUUUAAAUCCCGUAUUUUAUUCCUAAUUUCGUUUGAAGAUGUCGGAAAAUGGGCACAACGAUGCGUAAGAAAACCCAAGUGUCGUUUGUGAUACGUGACGAGGAGGAGAGGCGUCAUAAAAAUGGCGUUAGCUCGCUCCAACUGGACCCGAUACAGGGCAGAUUGUAUUCCGCCGGUCGCGAUGGAAUUAUCCGGGUUUGGAAUACAGCAACAGGAGUGCAGGAUAGGUACAUCCAGAGCAUGGAACACCACACUGACUGGGUGAACGAUAUCGUGCUGUGUUGCGGUGGGAAGAAUCUAAUAAGUGCUUCUUCUGAUACUACUGUGAAGGUGUGGAAUGCGCCUAAAGGAUUCUGCAUGUCCACGCUUCGCACACAUAAAGACUAUGUUCGUACGCUGGCCUAUGCGAAGGACAAAGAGCAGGUCGCCAGUGCGGGUUUGGACCGCGCCAUUUUCCUGUGGGAUGUCAACACAUUGACUGCACUAACUGCCAGUAACAACACAGUCACAACUUCAAGCCUCGUUGGCAAUAAAGAGUCAAUUUAUAGUCUCGCAAUGAACCCACCCGGCACCAUCCUUGUCAGUGGCUCAACAGAAAAGGUUCUGCGGGUUUGGGACCCCCGCAACUGUUCACGGCUGAUGAAGCUGAAGGGUCAUGCUGACAACGUCAAGGCUUUAGUCGUCAGCCAAGACGGAUCUCAGUGUGUUUCAGGAAGUUCCGAUGGAACUAUAAAAUUAUGGUCACUGUCACAACAGAGAUGCGUGUCAACGAUUCGAGUCCACUCUGAGGCGGUAUGGGCUCUGCUUGCUACUGAAAACUUCACACAUAUCAUAUCAGGUGGACGAGACAGACUAGUCAUUAUUACGGAGCUACGGAACCCUGACAACUUCAUGAUCGUGUGUGAAGAGACUGCCCCAAUUCUGAAACUAUGUUUCACAGCCGAUCAACAAGGCGUUUGGGUUUCAACGUCAGAAUCUGACAUCCGUUGCUGGAAACUGCCACCUCGUAACUCCUUAAGCUCGGAUAUGUAUAAUCAAAAUAAUUAUAAUACUAAUAAUGUGUAUCAGACUCAACCGAUCCACCAUAUACCUGGUGGUCCAGCCAUCAAACAUUACACUGUACUGAAUGACAAACGUCACAUAUUAACGAAAGACACGGCCAACAAUGUUGCGUUAUAUGACGUCUUAAAGGCUUGCAAAGUUGAAGACUUAGGAGAGGUUGACUAUGAUGAAGAAGUGAAGAAACGUUUCAAAAUGGUUUACGUUCCCAAUUGGUUCAACGUUGAUUUAAAGACUGGUAUGUUGACGAUACACUUGGGGCAAGAUGAGACUGACUGCUUGAGUGCGUGGGUUAGUGCUAAAGAAGCUGGUUUGACAACUGAGAAUGAUCAGAAGGUCAACUUUGGUGCGUUAUUAUUGCAAGCUUUGCUGGAACAUUGGAACCAUCCGAACAGAGUGAACGAGUCUGGCAUGAAAGUGAUUGGGAACAAUUUUUUUAGUGUUCCAGUGCACACUCCACUGAUAUUCAGUGAAGUUGGCGGAAGAACACUUUAUAGGCUUCAGGUCGGCGACGCAGGAGGCGAGAACGAAGGCAACCUCCUCAUCGAGACAGUUCCCUCCUGGGUGGUGGAGGUGGCCAUCGAGAUGUCUGCUCCUAACCUCAACAAGCUGCCGUUCUACUUACUGCCGCAUUCCAGCUGCCAGAGCAAGCAGGAUAGACAGAAGAAGGACCGCCUAGUAGCCAACGACUUCAUCCAAUGCCGUAAAGUAGCCGAACACGUGGUCGAAAAGAUAGUCGGCGGCGGCGACGCCUCCGGAGCCAGUGCAGGCAGCGGGAAGGGAAGCGGCAGCGCCAACGAGGAUAGCGGGAACGACGCGCCGGAGGAACGGGUGGAGUUGCUGUGCUGUGAUCAGGUGCUCGACCCAAACAUGGAUCUCCGAACGGUCCGCCAUUUCAUCUGGAAGUCCAACGUUGAGUUCACGCUCCACUACCGAGUUCUAAAACAAUGAAAGUACAGCGCACACCUGUACAGGUCACAACUGAAAAAGUACUGCUCUUUCCGAUGCAUCUUCGAGUGAUACGCGUAUUUGUGGUGAGACAAAUUGACUCUUAUGUCUAUAGUAAGUAGAGAUAGAAUGGAAUAUCGGUAGCCAUAUUGGAUUUGGUGACGUCUUUCUUGUUACUUGUCAAAAGUUCUAUGUAAAAUGUAUUUCAAAAUGGCCGAUUGUUGUGGUUAUCUUAUAGUUAGCAGGAAUUGUUUCUGUAUUCCUUUUUGGCGUAAUACCAACGUGUGUUCUCUGGAUUUUUGCAGACAACAUUUGACUAACAAUAGGGUAUUUGACUUGGUAUUUAAUAAAACAAUUUAACGGCCUAAAGCUCAGUUUAGUUUUAAGUACCCGUUAAAAUAAGUACACAUUAAAAAAAAUGGACUUAAAAUUUAUUUUUGACAGUACGAAACCUCUGAAGUUGAUUUAAAUGUUUUAUUGUUUUGGACCUUUGCAAGCUAAUAAGUUUCAAAAUAUGUUGGAAACUACCUAAAUGAUUUUAUAUUAUAACAUAUCAGUCAAGUACCCUUUCGUUGUAUAUGAAAUACUUUGCAGAAUGCCGUGUAAAAUGUGGACCACUUUAUUUUUCCUAAUGUUUACAAUGUUUAUGAAGGUUUUAUGCAAUGUCACCAAAUUGUCUUGUUUGUUAUUUUGGCUGAAACCUCGCGUUUAUUGCGUUUACAAGAUUUUGUCAUUGUCAUUGAAAUAUUUUCCUAACAUGAAAUUAAAUAUUGGUUUUCUAAUAUAAAUGGACAAUACAUACUAGAUAUAAUUCGCGCAGCGAAAGUUGAGGCGAACACAUACACUGAUGUAUUUUUUUUAUGCAAGACAUGGCAGGUAUUUGACCGCAAACGCACCUGGUGUUAAGUGAGAUGCAGUCUAGG